CCCCCGCAGAAGACAAAUAUGCUCCAUUCCACCCUGCCCUUCCCCGCCCCGCCCAUUAUCAUCCCUUUGAUAAAUAAAAGCAAAAUCCAACAAGUAAAUGAUAAAUUUCUGUCAAUUGUUUUAUUCUACCAACCAAACACCACUCUGACAGUGUGCAGUGUUCCUGGAGCUCCCCCCGUCUCACCACCGUACGUGGAGAGUUCCGGCUGUCCCAUCGCCAAACAAAAUUGCGACUGAAGAAGAAACCGCAGCUUGCUUAUUCAUCUUAUCAGUGUUGGUGAGGACAUAAAUUAGGUAUUUUCCUAACAUUUUCUCAAAAUUAUUGUCAAAUCAGUUCGCUAGCUAGGGCUUGAAAGAUGCAUGGUUGGUCGAAACUUCAAAGUGAUCUUCUGGGUGUAAUUCUUAGUCGUUUGGAUUUGAUUGAGGAUUAUUUUAAUUUCAGUAGUGUCUGUAAAUCCUGGUAUUCGGUGGCCAAUGAGCACAGUUUUAUCAGUAAUUUGCCUAAGGUUCCAUGGCUAAUGCUAGCCGAGGAGGAAGACGGUGAUGGUGAUGAUGAGGAUGAUAAUAUCUGUAGGAAAUUCUAUAGUUUCUAUAAUGACAUGGUUUUUAAAAAGAGAAUUCUGGAAACCCAUGGGAAAAGAUGUAUGGAAUCUAUGGAAUGGCUUAUCACUGUUGGAAAAGAAGACGGUGAAAUCAAUCUGUUGCAUCCUUUUUCGGGUGUACAAAUCCAACUGCCUCAUCAAAAUACCACAAAACUUUAUGAAUUCUACCAGACUCGCAUUCCAUGGAACUUUGUCAAGAAAGCUGUUCUCUCAGCCAAUCCUUCUCAUACAGAUGACUAUGUUCUUAUGGUCAUUGAGGGAAGUUUCAAGUUCCUGAGUUUUUGGAGACCAGGAGAUUUUUUAUGGACCAGGAUUACCAAGCCCAUCCACUUUGGACAUUUUAGUGAAGUGUUAUAUUUUAAUGGCAAUUUUUAUGCAGUGAGUUGUGGCGGUUCCAUCCAAGUUUGUGAUGUCGCUGGCCCUGAACCUGCUAGUAGUCGUAACAUAGCGCAGCUAGAACCAUUGGCUGAUUGUAAUUAUUACAUCCUAGAAUCACUAGGAUCAUUAUUUGUAGUUACGCAAAGUGGUGUUGGUUUAAGGUGCGUGCAAGAUGAUCGCGAAAGAAUUCCUUUGACGUACAUCCCAACUAUAAAUAAUGACGAGGAGGAUAUGUCGUAUGCGUACGAAACACAAAAUUUUGUUAUUUUCAAUAUUGAUUUAGAUGCUCACAGAAAUACGCCAAUUAGGGAUUUAGGGGACAGAGCUUUUUUCCUGGGUGCUAAUGCCUCUUUUUCGGUCCAAGCUUCUCUAUUUCCAGGAAUCAAGCCCAAUCAUAUAUAUUUUGCAGAUAAUUGUUUAGGUGCAUACCUCUAUUUCGAAGAAGGAGGCGGCUUGUACAUGGGAGUGUUCAACUUAGCAGAUGGCAGUAUCCAGCCGCAUUAUGAUGGUGUUUCCCCCAGUCGCGUUUGUCCUCCAAUUUGGGUCACACCAACUCUAUGUUAAAAUUGGACAAAGAUACUCUCGUCAGUGGUUAUGCUACCUGGCUUCAAGGCAUCCAUUGAUCCAUCAAAUCCAGUUACAUCUGCUGAUGUUCAUAAGAUUUUUGAGAAUCUUGCUCAGAAGUGCAGACGUAUGGCUUAAGUUAUUUUGGAUGUUCAAGAAUGUAGCAUAAUUUGCAGCUACACAUCUAGCGUAAAUUGUAAAUGGCUGGUUGGUCAGAGCUUCCGCAGGAAUUGUUGAGGUUGAUAGAUCAUUGUCUUGUUACAUUACUAAUAAAGUCCGAGUCACAUGUGUUUGUACUUCAUGGAGGUCAGUAUUACAAACUAUUUCUAGUAUUAAGGGAGUUCAGCCAUGGCUGCUGCUGUCUCGUGAUGAUUAUACAAACGAAAAAUAUGUAAGGUUUCUUAUUAGCAUACAUGAAAGAAGAGUUGGUCACUACCUUAAGGUCCCAGAGGUCCUUGGUAAUAAAGAGUUUUGCCGUUCUUCCCAUGGAUGAUUAGUUUCUAUUGAAAAUGACACUCCUAAAAUCACUUUGUUAGUCUGUUUAACCCAAUCACUAGGGUUGAAAUCACCCUUCCAGCAAGGUAUAAGUUUCCUUCUCUGUGAAAGUAUUGGGCAAAGAAGCUUGAAACUGAAUAUGCGUUUGAAGUUCAUGAUGGCCAGACUUUAUUCCUUCCGGCAGAUCUGGUCAACACAUGUCUGUUAUUCAAAGUUGGCACUUCUUUAAGUUCUAUCUCAAGCAAACAGAACUCUGUAAUUGUUUCCUUCUAUGGUGGUAAUUAUAACUUGACCCUGCAAACUUGGAGAUACUAAGUGGAUAUCCAUUUCCAAAACAGGAUGCCAUCUUUUAUCACUACCAGAAGAAACACCUUUAAUGGCAAUUAAUUAGAUGUUAGUGAUUUAUUCCUUUUUCUCAACUAUUAGCGGCAAUUAGACAUUAGCCGAGAGUAAAGACCUUUUCACUGGCCAUUGAAGAGAAUAGCCACAAAAAGUUGGUACUAAAUAGAGUAAUAUAAACAAUUUGAAAGCGAAUUUUUCCUAAUCUUAUCUUCCCUCCCUCUUCUCAUUUCCCUCCUUGUAAACCUAGAACUGACAGAAACCUAAAAUCCUGGUCGCUUGUUCUCCGAUGUUUCAGUGUAUCUGCAAUUGUUUUAUUGAGGAUUUUGAAUUUGUGAUGGAUUUUAGAUAUUCUGGACGGGAACGAUGCAGAAAAGGAAGGUGAGCUUGUUUGAUGUAGUGGAUGACUCGUCGGCAUUGGCGAAGAAAGCCAAUGGAAGCUUAAAUGGUGGAAACAGCAUGACACCUUCGAUCAACAAGUUGUCCUAAAAGCCUUACUCCCAGAUAUUCUAUGAGAUUUUGGACGUUAGCUCUCAAGAGCUUGGUUGACAUAAGCAUGGAGUCAUUACUCCUCUCUCAGAGCAAUUGACAAAGCCAUUAGCCCAUUACCCAAUGCCAUGAUUUGCAUUACUCUGAAGGAGUUGUUUGGUGGUGCCCAUAAUCUUCUUCCAGUAGGCCAAAGGUGCAGCAUCUGUAUUGAGUUUUCUGACAGAGUCAUUGGCACUUUCUAAGCAUGUGGCCAAAGGUUAUCAAAUACUUCAGUGUUACAGUCAGUUUUGGUGAGUAUACUGUAUCCAAUAUUAAAGAUCAAAUGUCAUCAAUCUCAUUUCUGGUCUUGAAAUUUGCAGGAAGUGUCAAGUCACUCAUAAGCCUGCCUUGUUUCAUGUCCCAUGUGGCUAUACUCGUUGCAGUACGUGAGGCUACUAAGGAUGUACGUCAAAUUCCUGUUGGGAUUGAAGAUGUUAGUGACUUAUAGACAGCCUAGACAAUGCGCUUAGAACUGGGCUAGCAUAGAGCAUGGAUUGUCACCCGCCACACGUCUAAGCAAGGAUAAUUGUCUCAAGGUCUUGCGAAUAUCAGAUUGUUAAGGGGAGCAUAAGAUCAAGAUACUUGCAAGUCCAUAUAUGAGUUAGAUAAUUCUAGUAAACAGUGUUUGGUUAAAUAUAUGAUUGAUUUAACUGCCAUAAUAAUUUCUCAGGUUACUCACAAUUAUUGCAUUGUUAUCGAAGUUGUACGGGAUGAGAGUGGGAACGGCAAGGUAUAGAGUGGUCAUAGGUGUAAUGAUAUGGUACCUGUCUUGGCAUAGUAUUAUUUGAUCAUAUAUUUUCAGUAACUCAUUUAUUAUGUAAUAUUGUAAUUAUUAUUAGUAAGCACGAUAACUAAAAUAGAUCGAAAGGGAAUAAAUGUUUAGCAUGAGAGUUUUUGCAUA